AUGAAGACCUUCGCCUUCACUGCUGCCCUUUUGGCAUCGACUGCCGUCGCUCUCCCGACUAAAGUCCUCUCUGCUAUCCCCUCAGGCAUUCCAUCGUGUCUGCCCUCCGGUGUCAUUCCCUCCGGAAUCCCUCUCCCUGUUGUGUCGAUGAUCCCCAUUUGCUCCGGUGCUACCCCCACUGCUACUCCGACCCCGAGCAGUGCUGUCUCCGGUAUGACCAACAGCGGCUCCUUUGGCGCCGGCCAGAUCUUGAGCGUUCUCAACCAGGCCGGCACCUCUCAGGUCAAGAUGCUGGCCGAGAACGAGCUCCAGAGCCUCUUGGGAAAGCUUCCCCUCAGCGAGCUCCAGCAGCCCGUGGGCCAGAUCGUCGAGACUGCCGAGAGCGUCGGACAGCUUAACGGCGGUAACGGUGCUGGUCUCGGCCAAAUCACCGCCGUUCUCGAGAACGGAAACGUCGCUCUUAUCCAGCUCACCCAGAAGCUCGUUGACCUGCUUGACAGCGUUGGUCUUGGUCAGGUCGGCAGUCUGAUUGGUUCCAUUGUUGGUGGUCUUGAGUCUGUCACUGGCAACGUCAAGCGUGAUCCCAUCUCCGAUGCCCUCUCCAUCACUGACUUGAACGGUCUUGUUGGCGGUCAGAACCUCCUCGUUCAGGUUGAGCCUACCGUCCUUGGACUCCUCGGCGGCCUUGAUCUCACCUCGCUCCAGGAUGGUCCCAUUGGUAACGUCGUCGCUACUUCUACCUCCCUUUCUGGUCUCAAGAGCCAGGUUCCUCAGAUCCCCGGCGUUAGCUUCAUUGCUGUCCACGCCCAGGACUUUGCUUCUGUCCUCCUUGUCCAGGUCGACUCUGCUGUCGAGGGUCUUCUCUCCACCCUCGGCCUGGGUGGCCUCGGAACUGUCGUUGGCUCUGUCGUUCCCGCCGUCUAA